CUCCACGUGGUGGGCGAUAGCGCGAUGAUAUUGGCGCAGAUGAGGAGACGGCGUCCGCCCAGAGCGCCACAUUUACGGAGCAUUUUCGCGCAAUGCAGAGGGAUAGCAGAUCGGGUCCAUCUGUGCACGUGGAACCAUCAUUCGAGAGCCUUCAACAAGGCCGCUGACAUGUUGGCAAAUAUCGCGAUGGACGAUCGCAAGAGUCGUCAGGUAUUUCGCUCGGACCAACCAACCCCGCUGGGCAGAAGUCACUCGCCUUUUAGACGGUGA